GACCGCCUCUGCUCCCCUGAAGGAGCGGUGCAGCGCGGAGACAGGUCGCCAUGGUUACCGCAUUGACGGUCUGCACCAGAGGGGGAAGAUGGUCAUGUGCUGAGGCAAAAUGGCGGCAUGUUGGACGGAGGAUGUAGUCUGAACCCAUCACCAGCACCGAGAAGGAACGAUUGGGUGUCCUUACGCGCAUGAGGCGGGUGUCUGGCAUUGGCGUAAAUGAGCCGGUGACUGGACGCUGAGGAGCUGCAAAAGGAGAGAAUCGGAUUCCCAGCAAUGAUGGCUCUAAGUGUGUUUGAAAAUGAUGAAUAUAAGCCUCCAGUUUGGAAAUCUUACUUGUAUCAGUUACAACAAGAAGCUCCUAAUCCAAGGAGAAUUACAUGCACAUGUGAGGUGGAAAACAGACCCAAGUACUAUGGAAGAGAGUUUCAUGGAAUGAUUUCACGAGAAGCAACCGAUCAUCUGCUAAGUAUAGCAGAGGGAAGUUAUAUUAUUCGGGAAAGUCAACGCCAGCCUGGUACCUACACCUUAGCACUACGAUUUGGGAUUCAGACCAGAAAUUUUCGUCUUUAUUAUGAUGGGAAACACUUUGUGGGAGAGAAACGGUUUGAGUCGAUUCAUGACCUGGUAACAGACGGAUUGAUUACAUUGUACAUUGAGACUAAGGCGGCUGAAUAUAUAGCCAAGAUGACAAUUAAUCCAAUCUAUGAACAUAUUGGCUAUACAACUUUAAAUCGUGAACCUACAAGCACAAAAUGUCUUCCAGACCUCAGAGAUGUUCAAGCAGAGCCCGAAUCUGCCAAAGAGGAUGACACUCCAGAAGAAAGGUUGACUUCACUUGUUCGAAGAGCCACACUUAAGGAAAGUGAACGGAUUCCUAAAUAUGAAAAAGUACAUAAUUUUAAGGUUCACACAUUCCGAGGGCCUCACUGGUGUGAAUACUGUGCCAAUUUUAUGUGGGGCUUAAUUGCUCAGGGUGUGAAAUGUGCAGAUUGUGGCUUGAAUGUUCACAAACAGUGUUCCAAGAUGGUUCCACAUGAUUGCAAGCCUGAUUUGAAACAUGUGAAAAAAGUUUACAGCUGCGACCUGACAACACUGGUUAAAGCACAUAAUACAAAAAGACCAAUGGUGGUGGAUAUGUGCAUCCGAGAAAUUGAAAGCAGAGGUUUGAUGUCAGAAGGCUUGUACAGAGUAUCAGGAUUUAGUGAUCUGAUUGAAGAUGUCAAGCUGGCAUUUGACAGAGAUGGUGAGAAAGCAGACAUUUCUGUGAAUAUUUAUGAAGAUAUAAAUAUCAUCACUGGAGCGCUUAAACUUUACUUCAGAGAUUUGCCUAUUCCAACUAUCACAUAUGAUGCAUAUCCAAAAUUUAUUGAAGCAGCUCAGAUUACAGAUCCAGAAGAGCGAUUAGAGUCCGUUCAUGAAGCAUUAAAAAUGUUACCACCUGCACACUGUGAAACUCUGAGAUACCUUAUGGCUCAUCUAAAAAGGGUUACCCGACAUGAGAAGGACAACCUGAUGAAUGCGGAGAACCUUGGGAUUGUUUUCGGACCAACUCUAAUGCGAGCCCCAGAGCAGGAUCCCAUGGCAGCCUUAAAUGACAUACGCUAUCAAAGACAAUUAGUAGAGAUGCUCAUCCAAAAUGAAGAUGUUUUAUUUUGAACUUGUUGAGAGGGCAUUUUAAAACAAUCAUAGAAAGAAUGAGUUAGAUUAAUUUAUGCUGUUUUAUGCUGGUAGUUGUUUCAGUGGACAGAUCAAAAUGACAGCAAUCCUUUGUACUUUUUGUAUGGUAGCUCAGACAUAAUUUUGAAUACUAAAACUGCUGGAUUGUACUUGGAUUCCAUAAUGACAGCUAAAUUUAUGAUUUGCAUGAUUUGAUUCUUAUUUUUGUCAUCUUGAUUGGAGCAUCAGAAAUGUUGCUGCUUUUUAAAAAAAAUAGUAUCAAAUGAGCUUGCAUGUUUGUGAGUUGUGUUUGAGUGUUUGUUAAAUAAUCCAACUGCACUUGUAGUUGAUAAUUUUAGACUAGGGAUGAGGCUAUAAACAGGAUAUAAUAUAAAAAUAAUUGCAAUCAGUAACACUUGCGAUUGAACAUUUCAGUCUUGAACCAUGGUAUAAUUUAUCAUUGUUGUAUACACUUCACACGUAAAUCUUCUUCUGAAGUAAUUUCUUUUGUAUAAUAUUUCUGUACAACAUAUGUGAAUCAGUACCAAAUAUCAUCAGGUAUUUAUUUCAUUUGGAGUUAACAUUUAUUUUUUACAUUAAUUUAUUAAAGUUUUCAUCAAUGUAUUUUUAAGAAAACAACUGAGAAAUAUUCAGUGAUACUCUUUGCAUUUCGUCAUAUUCCUGAGUGGUUACUUAAUUGCAAUGAGUUCAAAGUCAGUGUAAAGUAAUGGUCUAAAACAAAUAUUGUUGGCAGUUAAAAGUUAUUAAACAUUUGGAAGAACUGGCCCUAGAAGAUUGAAAGUAUAUUUAUAACUUGCAGGCAAAAUCAAGGAAGCACCAACUUUGGAGUGCAGUAUUAGUCUGAGCCGAAGAAUAAUACUUAUUCAGAAUAAUAUACUCUGAAUUGCAUUAACAACGUAAUUCUGCCUUUAAUGUCAGAAGUUAAAUCAUUUUUCAAAACUUAUUUUGCAUAGUGAGUUUAAGAGGAUAUAAGCUCUAUCUCUUGAUUAGAUGAAUUCAAAGUGGUGUUACUUACUCCUUCGAUUAUUUUGCUCUGCACACAUUUAUGCAUUAUGUUUGAAUAAUAUUAUUGAAAUCUAAUAGCCAAACAAGGAAAAGAUUUCCUCAAGUUCAGACAUGUGACAGUGCUGUGAUAAAGGAAUAAAAACAUUUGUUUAAUAUUUAAUAUAAUGAAGGAGGUGCAAUUUGGCAGUGCUACAAAAUGUAUUUACUAAUAUCACAGAAACGUCUCGUGUAGCUUUUAAUAAAGCAUUUGAAAUUGUUUUAGAAUGAAUGAAUGCGAAAUUAAGAAUGGACAUUCUUUUUUAGAAAGUUGACAAUGGUCACAGAUUCGUCAAAGGGAUAUUGUAUAAAUGGUCUGAAUUCUUCUGAGAAAUGCCAUAUGGAAGGUUCAAACUUCCUACGAUCACUGGUGAUUUCCUGUCUACACUUCUGCCUUGGAUUCUUCAUGCAGUCCAACAGUAGAGCAGCAGUUAACUACAGUUUUCUACAAGUUGCAGUAUGAAAAAUGCCAGCUUAACUUACAGCAGGUUGGACCUGUCACAUAUCUAGAAGCUAUAUUCAUUUCAAUCGACAUGAAUGAUUACAAAGGAAAGUGGUAACUUUCAGAUAAUUAUCUUGAAUUAUCUAGGUUUACUUGCAUGAAUUAUUUUCUGAUAUUUCUAACUUUUAAUUUAAUUAUAUUUUUGAUAAUUUAAAAACAUUUUAUGUAGUGAUGAAUUUUAAGUUGUUUAAUUGCCUAUAAAUGGCAGAAAUAUGCAAAUAGAUUUGAGCUUUCUUCAGAGGCGAUUAAGCCUAGGAUUGUGGUUUAAACAGAUGUCAAAGCUUUUUUGUGGUUGGUGCAUGUUUAGGCCCUACUAUUUACAAUCAGGAGGUCCUGGGUUGUCUUUGACAAAGUUGCUGCUUAAAGGUCCAAACAAGGCAACUUGGGACCUGGCGCUUAAGGGAUGGUGAGCAUGGGCUCCUUGCUCCUCUCAGGAAAUUCUGGACCAAUUUAUUUUUUUCAAGGUAGCUUGGUCCCAGGCUCACCUGUGUGGUUCAAGGACUUGUGUAUUGUUUCAGAAAUGUAUGCUCAGUUAGUAAUAGGAUCAUACAAGCAAAUACCAACACUAUCCCAUCAAUGGUUAUGAGUUGAUACAACAUUUUUAAAGGACUUUGAUAUUUCCUAGGGAACAAUCCAUAAAAAUACUCUGUUAUUUCAGACUCUAAGGUUAAGAGACUCUUGAUUUAAAUUUGUGAUUAAUGCAACGUGUACUGAGAUGCAGUGAAAAGCUUUGUUUUGCAUGCGAUCCAAACAGAUCAGAUAUACUAUACAUAAAUGCGAUUAAGUCAAACACAAGUACAAUGCAUAGGGCAAUGGGGAAGAUGCAGAUUGCAGAAUAUAGUUCUCAGCAUCGUAGCGCAUCAGUUCCAUAAAUAGUCCAAUGUCCACAAUGUGGUAGAGGUGAAUUGGAUAAUACCCUAGCUUAUGGAAGGACAGUUCAGAAUCCUGAUAACAGAAGGCAAGAAACUGUUCAUGCAGAGUCCGAUGAAGCAUGCUUUCAAGCUUCUGUAUCUAUACAAAAUAUCUUGCAAGACUAAUCAAAGGUUAGUUUUAAGUAUCAGUGUUAUAACAAUGAUCAGAAAAGGAAAGCUAACUUGUUUUUGAUAUGCUGUGAGGACAAAAAAAUGUUGUCAAUUACAAAAUUGUAUUGAGGGAAAUCUUCUGGUAGAACAACAGCUUCAAUAUAACUCCAAAAUUAGUUCUAGCGUUGAUGGUUAUUCAAAUCACAACCCUAAAGAACUAUUGGAUUUUAUAUUUUGCUUAUAGUAAUUUUUUUAAUCGUUUUCUCAAAUAUUAAAAUAGUUUAACUUUCAGGAGCUGGUGGUGGGCCAUGCACACAGAACGCAUUGUAACUAAAGUUUUCUUAGUUCCAUGUUUUGCAACCGCUGAUCUUGGAAGAACCUAAACUGUAUCAAAUAAGACAAAUAAACUUCUAAUGAAUAUUACGUUAACUAAUGCUUCUCUUGGGAAAUGUAUUAAUUUAAAUGUUUUAAAACAUGCCCAAUUAUAACUUAGAAAUAUUUUAAAAGCUUUAUCUGAGUGUAAAUACUUUUGCCUGGUGUAUCUUCUAUUAUUUUGUUCAAAGCAAGGGUGAAAUCACUUUGAAUUAUAUGUGUUAAACCAUAUAAUGCACAGUAUACUAUCUAAAAACAAAGGGAAUCAAUUACAUUUUCAUAAUGGAUAUGAUUGGACGGUGCGAAAAGUUGUGAUUUACCAACUUCAAGCUGAAUUUAACCUAGAAUAUCUCUAUAAUCACAUACAGUAUUCUCAUAGGAAAUAUUGAGUUUAUCAAUUAACUCUGUGGAGGGAGUUUGACUAAAGCAGAUGCAUGUAAGUCUCAGCUGUUUUGUUGGAUUGAGACUAUGAGAUGAAAUUGAGCAGGAGUCACAUGGCAAUAAUUGUUUUCUCACACAUUUUAUGGAUCUAGUUGCAAUUUAUUUGUUUUAGGAAUGAUAUUCAAGCCAGACAGAUCCAUGUGUAACAGAAUAUAGAUACAAACAAUAGAGUUCCAAAGGAUUGCCGAUGGUAGAUAAUGUCCUGUCCUGUGAGGAUAGUACACACGGCUGCUGCUAAGAUGGUGCUGUGCAUCCUUAAGACUAGAAGAUGUGAUUACUUUAAAAAUUUGGAAAAUCAGGUAAUCAAUAUUAGGAUAAUUGCUCCCUUUUACAUCCCAAGAAUAAUUUGAUGAUUUUCUGUGUAGAUUGGCAUGAGAUUUCAAUUACAUGACCUGCUAAAGUCAAGUAAACCCAGCAAGAUUUCAAUAAUGUAUUUUAAAAGGGGAAUUACAUAAUGUACACUAAGUAUUUCUGAAAUGUGGAAAACAAAUUAAACUCCUUUUGGAUAUAUAAUUGGUACUGUGGAGGUGAACUGGAUUACAUAGUUUUAUAAUGAAGGUAUUACAGAUUAUAAUGCCCAAAAUAUUAUUUGCUGAUAAUGUGGAGCUUCAUUUAAAUUACCUGUUUCCAUUAAAACAAUUAGACUUUAGAGCUUUAAGUAAAUAUCAUUUGGUGGUAGAUCAGAAAACUUUGCAGAUCUGAAAAUACCCACUAGCUUUGGUUGCCGCUGAAAACCAACAAGCCUUGUAGAAUUUAUUUGUAUCUGUAAAAUAGUGAGAUCUGAAGUGUGAAAUCUGCAUGUGUUGAAGUGCCAUCUUUAAUAUAUCAAUGGAUAGAUAUAUAUGACAUUGAGAGUUGUUUGCUAUUAUCUGUGAGUUAUGUGCUUUAUUUAAGAAGUAUCAUUGUGAACUGCUUGACUGCCAAAAUAAAUUUGGAUUAUCAUCGAGAAAGAACGUCUUGGGCUUUAAUUGAUUUGCUUAGCUGUUAUUUUUAAAUGAUGUGUUGUCAAGUUUAAAUUUUUCAGAUACAUCAGCAAUAAAUGACUGCUACUGAUUUAGAGU